AUGAGACGCCGGUCUCCGACGAAUGUUUCUUCUGAGCUGAUGGAGAAAGGGGGAGCAAAAAAUCAACAAAACCGCCUUUGUUUAUUGGCUUCACUCUCUGCCGUUUUUUGGAUUUUGUUAUUGUAUUUCCAUUUUGUUGUGCUAGCAGGUAGUGCCGUUGAUGAAUCUAUCAAAUUAGAUUCCAACCCGAUAAACCCAGAAUCAAAAACCCCUGCUUUUGUAACUGAUGAUCGGCUACUGGGCACCCCUUCCAAUGUUACCCGUAGUAGCAGUAGUACUCAAAACACCCCAUUGAAUGCUACCCCUAGUGCUAGUGAAACCAUCCCAUCAAAUGCUACUCCUAGUAAUAGCGAAACCACCCAAUCAAAAAAUACGUCUAUUAGUAGUCAAAAGAUCGAGAAUUUCCCAUUUAUGAGAGCAUUGAGAACGGUAGAAAAUAAGAGUGAUCCGUGUGGAGGGAGGUACAUUUAUGUCCAUGAUUUGCCUCCUAGGUUUAAUGAGGAUAUGUUGAAGGAGUGUAGGAGUUUGAGUCUUUGGACCAAUAUGUGUAAGUUCACAACUAAUGCUGGGAUGGGACCCCCACUGGAGAAUGUUGAAGGGGUGUUUUCAAAUACAGGGUGGUAUGCCACAAAUCAAUUUGCAGUGGAUGUGAUAUUUAGUAAUAGGAUGAAGCAGUAUGAGUGCUUGACAAACGAUUCUUCUAUUGCUGCUGCGAUUUUUGUGCCGUUUUAUGCGGGGUUCGAUAUUGCUAGGUAUCUUUGGGGGCAUAAUGUUUCAAGGAGAGAUGCUGCUUCUCUUGAUUUAGUUGACUGGCUUAUGAAGAGGCCAGAGUGGGGGGUUAUGCAAGGCAGGGAUCAUUUUCUGGUUGCAGGGAGGAUAACGUGGGAUUUUAGGAGACUGUCUGAUGAAGAAUCGGAUUGGGGUAAUAAGCUUCUAUUUUUGCCAGCUGCAAAAAAUAUGUCAAUGCUUGUGGUCGAAUCAAGUCCCUGGAAUGCUAAUGAUUUUGGCAUCCCUUAUCCAACCUACUUUCAUCCUGCAAAGGAUGCUGAUGUGUUUAGUUGGCAAGACCGAAUGAGGAACCUAGAGAGGAAAUGGCUCUUUUCUUUUGCUGGGGCACCACGCCCUGAUAACCGCAAAUCUAUUAGAGGGCAGAUCAUAGAUCAGUGCAAGAAUUCAAAGGUGGGCAAGCUGUUGGAAUGUGAUUUUGGGGAGAGCAAGUGUCAUUCUCCAAGCAGCAUAAUGCAGAUGUUUCAGAGUUCUCUUUUCUGUCUCCAGCCUCAAGGUGAUUCGUACACGCGGAGGUCAGCUUUUGACUCAAUGCUGGCAGGUUGCAUUCCUGUUUUCUUCCAUCCUGGAUCGGCAUACACUCAGUAUACUUGGCAUCUUCCAAAGAAUUAUACCACAUAUUCAGUGUUCAUUCCAGAGGAUGAUAUACGCAAGAGAAAUGUUAGCAUUGAAGAAUGGCUUAGUCAGAUUUCUCCUGAGCAGGUCAAGAUCAUGAGGGAGAAGGUUAUAAGCCUCAUUCCGUCGCUUAUAUAUGCAGACCCUCGCUCGAAGUUGGAGACUCUCAAAGAUGCUUUUGAUGUUUCCGUACAGGCAGUCAUUGACAAAGUUACAAGGUUGAGGAAGAACAUUAUUGAAGGCCGCACAGAAUAUGAUAACUUUGUGGAGGAGAACAGCUGGAAAUACGCAUUGCUAGAUGAAGGACAGCGUGAGGUGGGAGGUCAUGAAUGGGAUCCUUUCUUCUCAAAACCAAAGGACGGCAAUGCUGAUUCUGGUGGAUCAUCUGCCGAAGCUGCAAAAAAAUCUUGGAAGAAUGAGCAGAGAGAUCAGUCAUGA